AUCUCCCAUCGCUGUUCCUUUCAACUUCCUCGAUGCGAAGUUCUGUGCAAAUCUCCCGCUUUAUCUCAAAUCUUACAAGCAAAAACCCCUGCACUUUCCUUCUGCAAAACCUCAUCCAUAACACAACAGGUGUGAGGAGUUACCCAGCACUCGUGCCAAGUCAUUGCGCUUUCCAUAGAUCACUCGGAGUAAUGGCGGAAUCCACGGACACUAGCCCGAAGUUUACAAACAGACUUGUAAACGAGAAAUCUCCGUAUCUUCUACAACACAAAAACAACCCUGUAGACUGGUAUCCUUGGGGAGAUGAAGCAUUUGCGAAAGCCAGAAAGGAGCAAAAGCCGAUAUUUCUUUCAGUUGGUUACUCAACCUGUCACUGGUGUCAUGUCAUGGAGAGGGAGUCAUUUGAAGACGAGAACAUAGCAAAAAUCCUAAAUGAGAACUUCAUCCCUGUGAAAGUUGAUAGAGAAGAAAGGCCAGACGUGGACAGAGUGUAUAUGACUUACAUUCAAGCUAUGGUCGGCGGGGGUGGAUGGCCCAUGAGUCUGUGGCUUACACCAGACCUCAAGCCGUUUGUUGCUGGGACAUACUUCCCUCCAAAUGAUAUGGCUGGACGUCCAGGAUUUGGAACAGUAUUAGGACACAUCAUCAAGCAGUGGGAGACCAACAAGCCAAAGUUCACUCAGCAAAGUACCAUUGUGAUGAAUGCCAUACUAGAACAUGCCAGUGAGAUUGGUCUUGAUGCGAAAGACAUGCCCAACAAGGAGGUUAUUGAAAAGUUGUACCAAGGAAUGUCUAAGAGCUUUGACGAGGAAUUUGGUGGCUUUGGCGGAGCGCCCAAAUUCCCUCAGCCAGCCACCUUCAACUUCCUCUUCAAGUAUCACUUGUUGAAGAAUGGAACCGAGGAAGGAGAGAGGGCACUUCAUAUCUGUCUUAAGACUUUAGAGUGUAUGGGCAAGGGAGGAAUACAUGAUCAUGUAGGGCAGGGAUUUCACAGAUAUUCCACUGAUCGAUUUUGGCAUGUCCCACAUUUUGAAAAAAUGCUGUAUGACCAAGCACAAAUAGCUGCUGCAUAUGCCAUGGGCUAUCAGAUGACAAAAGAUGAAAAGUUUGCAGAGACGUGCAGAGAUAUCUUGCUGUAUGUUAUGAGGGACCUUAGCCAUAAGCUUGGUGGGUUUUAUUCCGCUGAAGAUGCUGAUUCCUUACCCUCACCAAAUGCCACCAAGAAGACUGAGGGGGCAUUUUAUGUGUGGGAGGAACAAGAGCUUAAAGAUCUGUUGAGUGACUCGUUGCCUACUAAAGGGGGUGGUUCCAUCCUCUUGUCAGAACUGUUCAACAAGCACUAUGGCGUCCAGGCUGAAGGAAACGUCAAACCUCACCAGGAUCCUCACAAGGAGCUUGUCAGGAAGAAUGUCCUCAUUGUACGAGGAAGCCUCCAGGACACCAUCAAGGACUUGGAUGUGGACGAAGAUGAGGCGAAGGAGCAGCUUGCAAAAGCACGUGAGAUUCUCUUUGAAGAGAGGAAGAAAAGACCAGCACCACACCUCGAUGACAAGAUGAUUACUUCCUGGAAUGGUCUGAUGAUAUCAGGAUUUGCCCGAUCUGGACAGGUACUUGGUGAAGAGGUGUAUAUCUUGCGCGCCAUCAAGGCGGCCGAGUUUGUUAGGACUCAUCUUUACGACAAGAGCUCGGGGGAAUUACUGCGAAGCUGCUAUCGCGGGGAUAAGGACAGCAUCGCACAAAUAGCCACGCCCAUUAAGGGGUACGGAUGCGACUAUGUGUACCUUAUCAACGGGUUGCUGGACCUAUACGAGGCAUCGUUUGACGAGCAGUGGUUGAAGUGGGCGGAGGAGUUACAAGACAAGGCUGAUGAACUCUUCCUGGACAAAGAAAAGGGCGGGUACUUCGAGGUGACCGAGGCGGACAAGAGUAUUCUCGUCCGGUUGAAAGAUGAACAAGAUGGUGCCGAGCCUAGUGCCAAUUCCCUAGCGGUCAUGAAUUUGAUGCGCCUCGGUAACUUCGUGGAUUGUCAGCGGUAUCGCGACCAAGCGCAGCGGAUUUUCAUGGUUUAUGAGUCGAGGCUACGCCAAAUCCCACUCGCUCUACCGGAACUUGUCUCCAACUUUAUCACCCAUAACCUGGGAAUGAAACAGAUUAUCAUCGCCGGCGACCGUGAUGCGGACGACACCAAGCUGCUCAUGCGCUGUGUCCACUCCCACUACAUCCCAAACAAGGUACUGUUGCUAUGCGACGGUAAAGACGGCUUCCUCUCAACAAAGCUCUCCGUCUUCAAGACUCUGCAGCGCGUGGACGGCAAAGCCACAGCUUACGUCUGUCAGAACUACACGUGUCAGCUACCCGUCACCAGUAAAGAGGAGCUCACUAAACUCCUCGUGAACUGAACAAGAUCAGAAGAAACAGGGAGCCCAGCACUUGCGAACACACAGGAAGCCCAGCACGUGAGGACACACACAGGAAGCCCAACACUUGCGGACACACACAGGAAGCCCAACACAUGAGGACACACAGAAAGCCCAACACUUGCGGACCGCCGUGCGGAGAUUGCGAAUUAAAGUAUCACAGAUGUGGAUAAAAGAGAGUUUUGGCGAUUAACGGGAAAGAGGCGGGCGAGAGCAGGAAUCAAUAAAUUAAAAAAAAACGCACGUGGAUAUGUGUCUGGUACGUCAACCAUUUCCCGCAAAACCACGACGUGAAAACUCCACGUUUAACGGUCUAGUGAGGACGGGGUCGUGUGCGCUACAAGCAAACCUAUCUGUGCUCGCUAAAGUAAUAAUAAUAUUAUUUAGUUUAUUGAUUUCUAUAGCGCGUUCUAACAUGACUAGAUCGAACGCGCUAAAGUAGGAAUUAGGUUCUAGUUGUUGUAUAUUUGGAAGAUGUGAACUCCGGUUAUCUUUAUAGAAACUAGUUUAUAAUUGAGCACUUAAUCGCGUAGUUCAAGCCAUCGCUGUUGCCCCUGCUCUAAAACUCUCUUUUUGCGGCAUGGCAUUACACGCAGUGCUGAGAGACAUGGACUGUGAAAACGUGUGGCCAGUUGGACAGAAAAGAUGAUCCCAUAUGAACGUGAUCAUCAAUAACUAGAUUGUCAAAAUUUCCAAUGAACAAAUGAAAAGCUCAGGUUGUCUUGAGACAGCAUGUGGUAUUUUUAUAAAUCUAAUUCGAUGUAAUAGGUAUCUUGCAAUUAAAGAUUCCGUGCUAGGAAA